GAAAGUCCAAAUCUGCUCCUUCUCCAAGAUCCCAGCAAGCCACCUCCUGCCUUGGUGUUUAGUUGCCAAACUGGUGUCGGGACAACCAAUUUUGCCAUGGUCUUAGGAACCCUGGUCCACUAUCACCGUAAAGGUGGCCUACAAAAACAAGACCUUCCACAGUCUCCCAAAUAUUCACCCAGGGAACAAUUUCGGAUUAUUCAGAACUUCAUUGGCAUGGUACCCAACGGGCAACAGAUAGUGGAAGAGGUGGAUGCUGCCAUUGUCUUGUGUUCAGAAAUGCAUGAUGUGAAGGAAGCCAUCUAUGAAUACAAGAGGAAAUUGGAAGGGAUUGGAGGAGAUGAUCAAAACCAGAAGAACAGCACCAAAGAGUGUUUCCUUCAGAAGACAUUACAGAGACUUGAACGCUACUUCUUCUUGAUUGCUUUCAAUUAUUACCUUCAUGAACAGUAUCCCUUGGCUUUUGCUCUCAAUUUCAGUAGAUGGAUCUGCAGACACCCCGAGCUGUACAGACUUCAAGCCAACAUGAAUCUGUCAGAGCUUACAGUCACAGCGGAACACAUAACUAAGGGAGUGCGGGUCCUGGUUGUGGAUGAACGGUUUUCUCCAGAUGUUCUUAGUACCGUCAAAGACAUGAAUGUGGCCAAUUUCCGGAGAGUUCCUAAAAUGCCUGUGUAUGGAAUGGCUCAGCCCAACUCCAAGGCAAUUGGGAAUGUCUUGAACUACCUGACAGAUGCAAAGAGGAAACACUCUCACAUCUUAUGGAUUAAUCUCCGUGAAGAUAUAGUUCUAGAAGAGAAUGAACAAACCUAUACCUUACGGGAAAUUGGCAAUCUGGAACAGCAGAUCACGGUACCUGUAGCAUCCUCAGAACAACUAGAGAAACUAGAAUCUGCCUUGAAGAAUGAUCUGUUGAAAUCCCAGAAACGGAUUGAGGUUUAUUUGGAACAGGAGAAGCAGAUGAAAACGUUGAAAUCAUGCUUAACCAUGCAGGAGAUAUUUAACCGGCACAAAAGCAAUUGCCAAGGGCUGGCCUACAAACGGAUCCCAGUUCCAGAUUUCUGUGGUCUGAAGGAGAAGGACUUUGAUCAGAUACUGGAAGCCAUGAAGGGGGCACUGGCUGAAGACUCCCACACAGCCUUUUUGUUCAACUGUCACAGUGGCAGAGGAAGAACUACAACAGCCAUGGUUAUUGCUGUCCUCAUCCUUUGGCAUUUCAAGGGAAUCCCUGAGAUCACGGAGGAUGAGAUUGUGAGUGUGCCAGAUGCCAAGUACACAAAAGGAGAAUUUGAGGUGGUGAUGAAAAUCCUUCAGAUAUUGCCAGAGGGACACCGGAUGAAGAAGGAGGUUGACAUGGCAUUGGACACAGUGAGUGAAACAAUGACGCCCAUGCACUACCACCUGAGAGAAAUCAUCAUUAGUACUUACAGACAGGGGAAAACUGCAAAGGAGGAAGCAGAGAUACAGACCUUACAGCUAAGGAGCCUGCAAUUCUUGGAACGUUAUAUUUAUCUCAUUCUCUUCAACGCGUAUCUUCACUUGGCGAAAAACGAUUCCUGGGUGAAACCUUUCAGUGUCUGGAUGCAUGAGGUGGCGGCCAAGGCAGGUGUCUAUGAGAUCCUGAACCAGCUGGGUUUUUCUGAAUUUGAAACUCUGGACAGGCAGGCCCUCUCCCAGCUUCGCUAUCGCUGGCAGGAGCAAAGCCGUAGCCUCCUAUCCUUCCAAGGAGACUUCAUUUAGGGCCCAGCGUUAUUCAUGACCUGAAGGACUGCAACACUUCUCCAGAUGCGGCUAAAUCACUACCUUUCUCUGUUUUUCUGAAGCUUAUGAAAUACGUCCCUUCAUGAAGGAUUGUGUUUCCCAGAAAAAGAGGUCGAAUGGCCUUGAAGACAUUUUUAGGGUUUUUCCCCCCACAGGUAGAAUAAAAUAAAUUUAAAUAAAGCAGAUAUUCUAUACCUUC